AUGACAACCGAGCGCCGGGCAUUGGAAAUCAUGCAUACUACUAGUAGUACGAGUAAAUCGUACGCUAACCAACCCGUCGAAAGCAAGGUUGCCGAUCAUCUCGAGACCCCCCAGCCAACAAUCACCGAUGACGAUCCGUCCAGCACCAUCUCGCUUUCAAGUCUGAAGCAAGAACUCGACGAUAUCCACAAAGAUACCAAGGCGCUGCUCGAGGAACACAUGCAACUUGCAUCGAUCCCGUUCCCGGCGCAAGAUUUGGAUACAUUGAGGACUAAUGCGGACCUUUCAUGGUCGUUUGUUCUCGUCAUCGCGCAUUUACAACACCAACACUACGGAAGAGCAAGAAUGGAAAUCCGGCGUGCGAUGAGUUUUGCGCAUGCGGUUGAUGAUAAGCACAGCAUUGCGAGGUGUCACUACUGGCUCGGUCGAAUUCCUCUCCAGCGAGGACGAUUUAACGAGGCUUAUGCUUACUUUGAUAAGGCGAAGCCAGAUCUCAAUGGCCGAGUGUCAUCCGAAGGAGAGACUGUGGACUUCUACCUAAUGGUUUGCACUCCAGGUAUGAGCCCCCAGUAUAGAACUCAACUGCUGCGCGAAUACAGCCAGUCUGUGACGAAAAGGUAUCUCAAUCAGGAUGACGAAACUUCAAGCAGCUUCUUUGACCGUCGACACCAGAAUCCGCGAAAGCGCAAACGCGAGCUGCAUGAUAUCACAAUCGCGCUUCGUCAAGCCGACCUUUCUAGCUCACAUCAUAGGCACUCACUAAACCGAUCAAUGGGCCAAAAUCGUUCACCAGCGCGCAAGGUAGUUUGGAUGAUACCUAACACUGACGAUCUUGAAGUAAAUCGGCAUCAAGAGCCCGAUAUGUCGAACAUUUCUGAUGGGAAGACCGUACCUGUGGUCGAUAGUAGAGGAACACCCACAGGCACAACACAAAUGAAAUUUCCUAUACUUGCAGCAGGACGAAGACAUUUCACAUUCCGUUGCUACCCUGUCGGCUUAUCGGGAUCCAGAGCUCGUCAUAUGAAUAUAAUCUCUCGGCAGCCUGGAGAGCCAGCCUUGUCGAUUGAGGAGGGACAGAAGCUGCAAGCGGCCAUGAAAACGCAAAAGAUAACCAUGGGAUAUCUCGAGCGGGAGAGAGAAUUCCUGGCUGGGCGGGCCACGUUUGGCACCCUACAAGAGGCUCCACCUACCGAUGAUAGUACAGACUCGGAUUUAAGGAGUUGGGGGACUGAUGUCGAGAUUGUUGUUGAGGUGGAGUAG